AUAAAAAAUAGAUGAAAGUCUGAAUCAAACAAUUCAAUCUGAGUGAGUAAAGAGAGUGGAAAUAUAAUGGAGAUUUUAGAGAAAAAUAUGAAACUAUUAUUUUGGACAGUGGGAUUAAUAGUGAUAAGCAGUGUUGUAAUAUUAUUACAGAAACUUUGGUUGAAGCCACGUAGGAUCCGAUCUGUUCUUGAAAAACAAGGUGUGAAUGGACCAAAACCUUCUUUUCCCUUUGGAAAUGUUUCUGAGAUGCAACAAAUUCAUCCUCAAAGUCCAGCAUCUGUUGAUUCCAAAGAAGAAUGGGUUUAUUCCUUAUUUCCAUAUUUUCACACGUGGAAGCAACGCUAUGGUUCAGUGUUUUUGUACUCUACUGGAACUAAGCAACAUUUAUAUGUGGAGAAACCUGAAUUAAUAAGAGAGAUAAACCUACAUAUGUCCCUUGACAUAGGUAGGCCUUCAUAUCUAACCAAACCAUUAUUGCCAAUGUUGGGAACUGGCAUCCUCAGAUCCAAUGGAUCACUAUGGAGCUUCCAAAGGAAUCUCAUUGUUCCUGAAUUCUUCAUUACCAAAAUUAAGAACAUGAUAGAUAUUAUGGAAGGAUCCACCUUGUCAAUUAUAAAAAAAUGGGAGAGGUGUAUAACAGAAAAUGAAGAAAAUAUUGCAGAGAUAGUGAUUGAAACUGACCUGAAAGUACUUACAGAGGAUAGUAUUUCAAAAGCUUGUUUUGGAAUGGAUUAUGCACAAGGAAAACAAAUUUUUGCGAAAAUGGCUGCUAUGCAAGCUGUAUUUUCAAGGACUAGUAUUCUUUUUGGAUUUCUAAACCUAAGUUUUCUUCCCACUAGAGAAAACAAAGAGAUGUGGAGGUUGAAGAAAGAAGUGGACAUGUUGAUAAUGGAAAUGAUCCAUGAUCGUGAAAUCAAAAACCAAAACAAAGAUGAUGAGAAACAAACUGAUCUAUUACAAAAAAUAUUAGAAGGUGCUGCAUGUGACACAACUUUAAAUGCUAAUGCUAAGGGUAUAUUCAAGGCGAAGCAUAACAUGAACCAAUUGAUUAUAGACCUAUGCAAAAACAUCUUCUUUGCUGGUUCUGAGUCCACUGCUAUUGCAGUUUCUUGGACAUUGUUGCUCCUUGCAUUACAUCCUGAAUGGCAACAACGCGUUCGAUCUGAGAUUUUGGAUACAUUCGAUAAAAAAAUGCCUCAUUCUUUUAGUGACAUGAGAAAACUUCAAAAAUUGAAAGUGCUAACAAUGGUGAUUCAAGAGAGUCUACGUCUUUACGGGCCAGCAAUCGUGGCAUCAAGGGAAGCUUUAGCUGAUAUAAAAUUAGGAGAAUUUGUUAUCCCAAAAGGAAUUUACAUGUGGAUGUUGAUACCAUCAUUGCAUCGCGACGUAGAAAAUUGGGGACCAGAUGCAACAGAAUUCAAGCCAGAAAGAUUUGCUAAUGGUGUUUCAGGAGCUUGUAAGUAUCCUCAAGCUUAUAUUCCAUUUGGACUUGGGAGUAGAAUUUGCUUAGGACAAAACUUUGCCAUGACAGAAAUGAAGGUAGUACUUAGUCUUCUUCUGUAUAAUUUUUCCUUUAAUGUUUCACCAAAUUAUCAACAUUGUCCAAUGUUUAACAUGUUGUUGAUGCCAAAAUAUGGUUUAAGGCUUCUUGUUAGCAAAGUUCAUUACAAAGACGAAUGAUAUGUGUUCUGUUUUGCACCUUCAGUUGUUUCAAAUUGUGCAAUAAUACAUCCUAUAACUUCAAUAAUACAUCAUGUCAUUUUUA